AGGAUUCAUUGAAAGAAGAUCUUCAGAAAGCAGAUCUUGUUAUUAGUCACGCAGGUGCAGGAAACUGGAGAUUCUGGAAAAAAUAAAGCCACUUGUAGUGGUUAUAAAUGAAAAGUUUAUGAACAAUCAUCAGCUGGAAUUGGCAAAGCAGCUACACAAAGACGGGCAUCUCUUCUACUGUACCUGCAGCAUGCUUCCUGGGCUGUUACAGUCAACGAACUUAUCCACACUGAAAUGAUUUCCUCAUGGCCAGCCAGAAAAAUUUUCUGCAUUUUUGUAUGAAGUUGUUGGAUCACUAAAAUAAACAGUAAACUCUCAACACUUGGAAAACACCCCUGAAAUACAACCUAUGGAAUGUGGUUAAAUCAAAUUAAAUAUAUACUAUAUAUAUUUACAGAAUAAUAUGUUAAUAAACUUUCUACAUCUAUAGAAUGUAUAGAAAAUUUUGUGAUGUGAAUAUAAGCAUUUGGGUCCAUAUUCUAAUGCAAUUUAGUAAAUUCAUUAGAU